GCCAUCCCCUGGCGCGCGGGAAGGUUCUCCUCAGAAGAGGCGGUUAAGGCAGGCGGGAGAGCCAGCGCUGCCUCUUGCCGCCAUGGCCGCCCGGAAGAGACCCCGGCCCCGCCGUCUGCCCCUCCGGGAAGUCCCUCUCUCCCGGCGCAUCCUCGCUGCUCUGACGCUCCCGGUUCACCGUCCCUUCGUCUUCCCCCCGCUCUCCUCCGUGGAGGCCCUCCAGUCGGCCCCCCUCUCUCUGACUCUGUGAACAGUGGGGUGGCCCCCAAUGCCGGUCAUCCCCAUUCCCCGUCGGGUGCGCUCUUUCCACGGGCCCCACACCACCUGCCUGCACUCGGCCUGCGGGCCGGUCCGGAGCGCGCCCUUGGUGCGCACCAAGUACCACAACUUCGACCUCUACCUGAAGUCCCGCUGGAUGUACGGCUUCAUCCGCUUCUUGCUGUACUUCAGCUGCAGCCUCUUCACCUCCCUGCUUUGGGUGGCGCUCUCCCUCUUGUUCGGUCUCCAGUACCUCGGCAUCCGGGUCUUCCUCCGCUUCCAGUACAAGCUCUCCGUCAUCCUGCUCCUGCUGGGGAGGCGGCGGGUGGACUUCGGCCUCCUCAAUGAACUCCUCAUCUACGGCAUCCACGUCACCAUGCUCCUGGUGGGCGGCCUGGGCUGGUGCUUCAUGGUCUUUGUGGAUAUGUGAAUAAUAAAAAAAUGCGGGCGCAUGUCCGCCAGGGACUUGAAA